AACCUCAGAUGAAGGACACAAAUCACCACAAGAUCAAAUGAAUCUCUUUCUUUUCAGUAAGGAACGAGGGAUACUAAAAUGAUGAAUCUCAUCUUGUUUAUCUUCGGUUCAUGCAUCUCAUCGGGUCUCUCCAAAAAGUUUGUCUUUGUUAAUGAACUAAAAACAUAUGAUGAUGCCCAGAGCUUCUGCAGAAAACAUCACAACGAUCUGGCCAGUAUUGAAGACUUGACAGAUCUGAAUGAUCUCCAGACUGCUGUGAGCGGGAUUACGGAACCAUCUGCUUGGAUCGGACUGAAGAAAGAAGGUCCUCCUCUCUGGUAUUGGUCCCUUUAUGACAGUGAAUUCUACAGGGAAGGAGAAGCCGAAUAUAGAAACUGGAGAACUGGAGAGCCGAAUAACCAGGGAGGGAUUGAAAACUGUGUUGUCAUCGAUGACGGGGGACAAUUCCGGGAUACUUCAUGUUCUUCCCAAAGGCAGUUCAUUUGCUAUGAUGGAAAUGUGAAUGUUAUACAGAGGUACGUGAUUAUCAAUCAACCAAUGACCUGGAACAAUGCUCAGACACACUGCAGAAAGACACACACAGAUCUGGUCAGUAUCAGGAACCUGGAGGAGAACCAACAGGUCCACGCACUAGUACCAGCAGGAGUUGUGGCCUUCAUCGGCCUCUUUAAAGAUCCUUUCAGAUGGUCAGACAACAGCCGUUCUUCAUUCAGACGCUGGUCUUUAAACGAGCCAGACAACAGUGGACCGUGUGUUGAGCACAUUUUUCAGCUAAAUGCAUGGAAAGAUCAGAACUGCAGCACAGCAAGACCGUUCAUCUGCACCAGUGUGUUGAAGAAAACGCAGAUAUUGAAAGUGAAGGUGAAAUCCAGUCUGAAUGUAAAUUAUCCUGCAAUAAUGACGACUCUCUUACAGAAGAUCCAACAGAAACUAGUAGAUCUGGGAAUGUCAACGGACGCCAAACUGGUGUGGAGAGUUCAGUCAUACGGAGCGGUCUUCCACACGGUGCAAAAUAAAAAGCAGUCUGCAUUGUCAGUGUGUUAAAGGGAUAGUUCUCCCACAAAUGGAAAUUAUUUCACCAUUUAGGCUUCUAACUUUUAUAAUAUUCCAAAAUCACACUGUAUGCCUUUAUUAGUUGAAUGAAAAAGGAGAUGUUAAGCAGAAUGUUAAUCUCAGUCACAAUUCACUUAUAUAUUCUAUUUGGUCUGUAAUAUUAAUCUUGUUCUUUAAUCUUGUUUUAAUUACACCUGAUCACUUCCACUAUCCCGUGAUUUUGCAUUAAGUAAAUAAGUACAAGUUCUGCUCUUUAUUUACAUUGUGAGGGGAAGAUAGUAGUGACACAGCAAUUAGGCUCUAGCAGUAGUAGUAGGUACAUUUGUAACAAUUUAAACUUCUAAAAUUUAAAUUAAAUGUUUUUUUGUGUGUGUCCAUCAUGUCAUUGUCAAAUGUAAUGGACAUUCUCAACAUGUACAUUAAUUUCAAUAAAACA